GCCUCUUACAUCCUGUACAUUCCCACUCUCUGCAUCAUCUUCAUUCUAUCUCUCAGUCCUCAAAAUGCACCUCUCCACCAUAACAACCCUACCGGCCCUCGCUACCCUCACCUCUGCAACCCUCAACUGCAGCUCCUACGAAUCAGGCACGCUAGCCGGCCACACCAACCAAGCAGCGCACUGGCUCGUCGCCAAAACCCCCCAAGAAUGCAUUCCCUUUUGCGAGCAGUUUCCCGGCAUCAAGAACUGGUGGUGGGAUAUGUGGGAGUGUGAUUGCUUCUAUGAGGAUCCGUCGGUGAUUUAUCAUAUUGAUGGGUUUUAUACCGGGUAUUGUACGGAGGAGUCUUCUUCGUCUUCGAGUGCUUUGCCAUCGAUUUCGUCUUCUUCCGUUGCUGCCAGCUCCUCUAAGCCUACUUGGACUACUUCUGCUUCAACCUCGACGUCUUCUGUCGCCACCAAGACUCCCACCCCGUCAGGUUUCAACUCCACCGCACCAGUGCAUGGCAAAGGAAAAUCAUUGGUAAAGCGUGGAUACUAGAAGGAAGGGUUUUAUGAAUACAGUGAAAAAUAUAGUUAGAUGUGAUAAAUAUAUGCUGGUUGGCCGAUAUGUAUUAAUAUACGGAAUGCCGAACGAAUUGCCGCUCAUUCGGCUGUCAGACGGAACAACCGC